AAAUGCGAUUUAUAAAGUAUAUUAAAACAUAUUCUACAAUAUUUAUAACUGAUAUAACAACUUCGAUUACUCUUUUUUAUUUGUGGAACAAGGGAUACAAAUAUUUGGCAUCAACGAUUUCUUUAUGUGGUAUCGGUGCUACUUACUUAUAUUGCUGUUUUAAAUCUCGGGAUAAAAUAUUCUCAAAUCACGCUAUUAUUGUGACUGGUUGCGAUUCAGGAUUGGGAUAUAGUCUGGCUCUGCAUUGUCGGCAGCUUGGGGCAAUUGUAAUCGCUAGUGUAUUACAAAUCGAUGGACCCGGAGCUAAACAAUUAGAAAACGAAAACGUGCUCGUUUAUCCUUUGGAUGUAACGAACAUUAAGAGUAUUGAAAAUUUCGCGAACUCUGUUCGAACAAUCUUAACACAAAAUAAUUUAGUCUUACGAUGUUUGAUCAAUAAUGCGGCGGUAAUGAUCUUCGGCGAAUUCGAAUGGCAAACAGACGAGCAGCUUAGAAAUCAAGUAGAAGUAAAUUUGCUGGGCACUAUGAGAAUCACUCAAGAACUGAUGCCGAUGAUUCGCGCCCACUUCAGCCGGAUUAUCGUAAUCUCGAGCCACUGUAACAUCCAACCGAUUCCGGGAGUAGCAGCUUACAGUGGGACAAAAGCUGCCCUCAACGCUUGGGCCACUGCUAUUAGGAUGGAGUUGAAGAAACAUGGCAUCAAGGUCGUUUGCCUUAUCCCUGGUUCGUUCGUAAAUGAGAGCAAUAUAUUAGCACGACAAGUUGAACAUUUCGAGACGAUGAGAAGAUCGAUGUCCGAGGAGGCGAAAACGUUCUACGGUGAUUAUUUCAACAGGUAUUCGCAAUAUUUCACUUCUGUGGGACAAAAUACGAGUUUAAAAAAGCUACAGGACUCGGGUGUCUACGAGACUUUCGAAGGUGCUCUCUUAGAUAAAUAUCCAUCGCCAAUUUACAAGAACGAAUCGUGGCGAUAUUUCAUUUAUCACUCUUUGUUUAUAAUCUCGCCGAUCUGUUUGCGAGAUAGACUGGUCCAGAAAUUUGUGCAAGGCCCUUUAUGGACGAAAAAAAAUGUUAAUGAUUGAACAAGUUCCAUGGAUUGCAAAAAAUUGAUCUAAAAGUUAAAUUAAAAGUUCAAUCGAGAAUUUCUAUAUUUAUAUUUGUAUAAAGAGAAAAAUUUUUUAUAGAUAAAAAAUAAAUAAAAAUAAAAUUGUUAUGUAUUAAAUGAAAUAAAUAAUUUUUUUAUAAAUAAAUAAUUCAUUUAACUUGGAA